GAAACUGAUAUUACCUGUAAAUUUGCUGAUAAUAAAAUUAUUCACAAUAGUUUACGUUGGAAUAGAAAUUAUUUAAGAAAUGGCAAGCGGAGAUAGGUUUAAAGACAAGGUUGCCAUAGUUACAGGCGGUUGUUGCGGUAUAGGUCGUGGAUGUGUAGAUGUAUUUGCCGAUCAUGGAGGGAAAGUUGCUGUACUAGACGUGAAUGAUGAAGAGGGGGCAAAAAUAGCAAACGACAAUGUAUAUUUUAUACACUGUGACAUGAACAGUGAGGACGAAAUUAAGAAAGCGAUUGAAAAAGUGGUUGAAAAAUACAAGAAAAUUGACUGCCUUGUGAACAAUGCUGGCAAACAUCCAGGGAACAAGAGCAUUGAUGAACUAAGCGUAGACAGUUUUAGAGAUCUUCUUAACUUAAAUCUUGUCAGUUAUUUUGCAGCAUGUAAAUAUGCACUCCCCUACUUGCGCAAGACUAGUGGAAGUAUUGUGAAUAUUACAAGCAUCAGUGGUCAUUCUGGCACCGCAAACUCGCCGUCUUAUUGUGCAACGAAGGGCGGUGGAAUUUCUUUAACCAAAGCCCUUGCAAUAGACGAGGCUAAAUACGGAGUUCGAGUUAAUGCGAUAUCGCCAAGUGCAGUAAAUACGCCAUUGUACCGUAAAGUUAUUUCAUCCAGUGGCGAGGCAGAAAAGACUAAUGAAAUAGUAGAGUCUUAUACUUUACUCAAUCGAGUAUCGGAGCCAAGAGAAAUGGGAAUGGCAUGUUUGUUUCUGGCUGUAGAUGCUACAUACACAACUGGCGCAGAGCUGAUGUGUACUGCUGGUUCAGAAAUAGGAUAUGGAGUCAAAGGAAUGAGCUUUGUAUAGCCCUGCUGCUGUCAGUUCUCAGUUAUCAAUUACUGUCGCCUUAACACAAUUAUAAUUAUUAAAAAGAUGAUGAAAUAACAAUUGAUAUGAGAAACAUGAUGGAUAAGAGAGUGCUUAUUAAAAUUGUGUCUUGAUCAUUUUUGAAAAAUCCAGAUAUCCGAUUCAACAGAUCCUCAAUAUAUAAACAAGACUUAGUGUAAUUCCUGUUAUCACAAGAAAUGUAUAAGUUGAAAUAUAAAGUCUCCCAAGAAAGGUGCAGUGAUCAGAAGUAACAAGUGUUUGCAAAUGCAAAACAGGCUACACGUUGAAAUGUAUAGUCUUGCAAGACAGAGCACAGUGAUUUCUAUUAUCUACAGUUGGUUGAUUAUCAUUCUUGAAACAUGGGACAUAUUAUAGAAAUAAAGAUAUAAUAUA